CAAUUCCGCCAUGUUACUACUCCGCGUUCAGGGAGGCCGCCAUAUUGGUACUCCGAAAACAGGUUGUGUUGAAGUUAUACGCUGCUCUCACUCCUAUCAGCUUGUCCAUAGAGAAAAACCGAUUCACUAAUUGAAGACGGAAGAACACAUUUGAUUCUUGCGCCAUAGCCGAGACUACAGCAACCGCAGAUUUCAAAGAUUUUCGCAGAUUUCAAAGGAAUUCAAUGAAACUUCAGCUACAGUUUCUUUCUAUGUGGAUAUUUUUUUCAUGCAUUUAACAGUAUAAUUCAAAUCUGUAAUUAUGUCAAAAGCCACUAAGAGAAAACACGUGGUAAAAGAAGUUCUAUGUGACUAUGUGCAGCCAACGGAGAACCAGCGCAUAGUGAGGGUUUUGGGAAGUCCUGGUAACAAUCUUCAUGAGGUUCAGACGUCAGAGGGCGAAAAGUUCCUUGCGAGCAUGCCAACAAAAUUUAGAAAGAACAUUUGGAUCAAGCGAGGAGAUUACCUAAUUGUGGACCCUAUUGCCGAGGGAGAGAAAGUGAGGGCAGAAAUAGCUUUCAUCCUUUAUAAGGAUCAUCAACGUCUUCUACAGAAGGAAGGAUUCUGGCCAUCGGGGUUUAACGAAGAGAAGACCGAACUUGUGAAUCAACCUAAACAGAGCCACCAAAAGACUGAGACCAAGGCUUCUGAGGUUGAGAAAAGUCAGACCGAUGAGAGUGAUACAGACUCUGAAGAUGAUAGUGAACUCUUUGUGAACACUAAUCGGGUGCACUAUGAAGAUAGUGACGAGGAAACUGAAAGUGACGGAGAAGAAAAUUGAACUUAAAAAAGCACAUCUAGAACAUUCCAAAAAAAAAAAAAAGACUAAUCAGACUCGGUCUUCAUCUUCAGAAAAUAUUUGGAUUUAAUUGAUCGUCCUCUUCAGUCUGUGGGACUAAACACAAGAUUGGACAAAUAAAUCUUUAAUCUUGUGGCAACGUUUCUGUGGUUCCAAAUCUUUUUAAUGGUUUGUUUUUU